AUGUCCGCUCCCCCACCGCUUCAGCCGGGCCAACAGCCCACGCCGGAGCAGAUUCAACAAAUUCAACAACAAAUCGCCGCAGAAGCUCAAAAGGCUGGCCUCAGUGUACCCGAAUACGUCGAGCGCAUGAAGGCACAGUACGCGCGACAGGCACAAGCUCAGCAACAACAGCAGCAGCAAGGGACGGCACAACCUGGUCAACAACAACCCAUCCAGCCUGGCCCGCCCAAGCCUGAAGCCCUCGCAGUCGCCAACUUCCUCCGCAACCAAGACCUCAAGACGCGAACAUGUAUCUUCCAACAACAGCGAAAGGACAUGUUCAAGGUGAAGAGGGCGAUUCGUGCCUUGCACAGCCCUGCCUACGAGAAAGCGCGAAAGAAGAACCCACUCCUGCCUGAGGUCAAGGACCGCGUCACGGCCGAGAACUGCUUCAAACUGCUCCCGAUGAGCCUGCUCGCGCUGCGUGUCCAAAAGGUGGAUCCACACGAGGGACACGACCACGGCAAGAAGAAGCGUGUCAAGGGACUCUGGACGAUUCAAGUGGUACCACAGCAAGAGGCGAGCGACGAAUUCUACUACGUCUGGCUAUACGAGGGGUCACAAUGGAAGAACAAGCUAUACGCCGUCGGAGCACUGGCGGGAAUCUUGGCCGUGGUCUUCUUCCCCGUCUGGCCCAUGAAGCUGCGGCUCGGCGUGUGGUAUCUUAGUAUGGCCAUGCUGGGCGUACUGGGUCUCUUCUUCGCCAUGGCCAUCUUCCGACUGAUUCUGUUCCUGAUUACGUUCUUCACGGUAUCACCAGGUCUCUGGCUCUACCCGAAUCUUUUCGAGGACGUGGGCUUCUUCGAUUCAUUCCGACCGGUCUGGGCUUGGCAUGAGGAUGAGAAGGCAAUGAAGAAGCGAAAGAAGACGGAGCGGAUGGCGAAGAAAGAGAGAAGAGCUGCGAAGGCUGAUGGAGACUCUGGUAAGAAGAAGGAAGGCGACAAGCCAAGCGAGCCCAUUGUGACGGCUGAAGCUACUACGACGAGCAGUGCAGAGGCGGCACCGGCUGGUUCGAGCGAGGGUGUUCAGCAGAGGAAUCUCAAUGCGAGAGUUGAGGAGGUCGAGGAGUAG